AAAACCUCUUCCUUUCUUCCACUUGGUAUCUACCCGUCUUGCUUGAAUUCAUUCUUCAACACUAUGCAAAUAGCCAGGAAAAAGCUUGCUGAGAAAGUACUACUGCUGAAAACCGAUAUUACCACCCUCAAUGUGGAUGCGAUUGUUAACGCAGCCAACAGUGCUCUGGCUGGCGGAGGUGGAGUCGACGGCGCGAUUCACCGAGCUGCAGGACCACAACUGCUAAAAGAAUGUCAAAAAUUACACGGCUGCGAUACUGGCGAUGCCAAAAUAACACCGGGAUAUAAUCUUCCAGCAAAGUACGUCAUCCAUACAGUCGGGCCGCAACGAGAGCUUCCUGACAAGUUGCGAAGUUGUUAUGUUCGAUCGCUGAUGGUGGCAGAAGAGAAUGAUUGUCGCACCGUGGCAUUCCCUUGUAUCUCGACAGGAGUCUACGGGUAUGAUAAGCAAAAGGCAGCACACGUUGCAAUGUCUGCUGUGAAAGACUAUCUCGUCGAUAAGUCGGCAGAACAGAAAAAUCCCUUUGACAAGAUUAUAUUUUGUUUUCACACUCGUGAUGAUGAAGCUAUUUACAACAGUAAGCUAUUGUUACAAUCCCGGACUAAAAUGGCUCAAUGAAAUUUACAUCUGUUUCCGUUAGCGCUCUUUUCAUCCUAUUUUCCUGAUGAUGACGAGUGAGUGGAUUGACCAGAGGGAAAAGGUGGCCAUAAGCUUAAUGAAAAUUAGUGUCAAUUCAGCGUAAGGAAACCAGUAUGCCGUCUGCUAGUGCUGUUGCUUCGGCAGCUCCCAUCUUUAACUUCUGAAAUUCAUCUACAAAAGAUAUGAAUAUCAUAUGAAUAAAGUGAUUAUGAAACUAUUGACAAU